AUGAAGGGAAAACCGUCCUGCCACCGCUGUGUAUCAACAGGACGUAGAUGUGAUGACUACACUCUAUGGACGGGCAAUAGGACGGUAAAGCAGACUAAGAAUGCUAUGCCCCACGAUGUCACUAUCCCGCAUUUGAUCAGCGCGCUUUGUCGUUCAGCAAGCGUGGAGGAGAAGCAGUAUCUCGAUUGGUUCAAGAUCCGCACUGUAACCAAGCUACCGGGCUCUUUCAUGUCCGAAUUCUGGUCAAUGCUACUCCUCCAGGCCAGUGUCACUCAGCCGGCGAUUAUGCAUGCCAGCCUUGCGUUGAGUGCCGUGCACAAGCUCGAUGCGACGGAUGUAAGGCCCGAGGAUAGGCCUUUGAUGGCGCAGUUUGCGGUUCGGAAUUAUGUUGAAGCAUUGGGAUACUUGAAGGCCCACUUUCGAAAGAUGGACAUGGAGUCUUGCCAGGUCAUUCUAAUUGCGUGUGUGGUUUUUGUCUCGUUGGAGUGUCUACGGGGCCACAUCGCGUCCACGCAAGCGGCGUUGGCAGCGCGUAAGGUGGCUGAGCUCGAAGGGGGGGGGGUUUCUAUGAUAGCUUUGACUUGCCAGAAUCUGAUUUGA